GGCAGCUAGGAGUUGGGCGACGCUACUUCGGCUUUGAAGACCUCAAUAGAAGACCCACUAUCAGAGAAAGCCAUUGUUUGGCAAAGCUGCGGCAUGUGGGAGAUUUCACAGAGCAAAGGUUGAACAUGUCUGCGCUGCCAGCCAAUGGCCUUGAGGAUGAUGACGAGGUACUGAGCGAGUACGGUGACGAUGACGGGUUGCAAUGGUAUCAAUCUGCCGCUGCGGGCCCGGAUGAUGCUGACGAGGCAACUGGCGCCGUUGAAGCAGAACAAGAACAGACUCAGGUGGAUGACAACCCUACCAAUGACCCUUACAUGCUGGUUGAGUCAGAUCCGUACCAGCUGAUUGAUGAGGAGGAAGCACAACCUGCAGCUGAGCCAGUUGUAGCGCCGGUAGAAACAGCAAGUGAACGUCAAAGUGCACUUCCUGAUGAGACAAGUGCAGUCAAUGUGGACGGCAAGAGACCAGCACCUGAUGGUGUUCCAAAGCCAUCAGCAGCCCCAAAUCACCGGCCUUCAAAGGCUCAGAGGAGAACGUCGGAUGGUGGCGAAGACACCGAACAAGGCGGAGCCUUUCCUGACUUCAUGUCUCUUGGUGCCCCAAGACCCAAAGCCAAACUGGCGAUUCCAGCAUCUUUACCUCUGAAGCAGCUGGCCAAAGUUCUGCAAGUGCCGCCAGUGCCCGAGGAAAAAGCUAAGCCAUGGACGCCAACUUGGCUCUCAGAGGAGGCAGAAGCCGAAACAGAAGUAGAUCCCAUGGCCUAUGCCACGGAGAUGGUCCCAGAGCCACUUGCAGAGGACUUGCGCAGUGAGGUUCUCUCAUGGGAUGAGCGCUGUGUGGUUGUGAAGCAAGGGCAGGUUCAUAUCGAGCUGCAACGCCGAAAGCCUGCCAUGGACAAUUCAGCGCUGUUGCGCUUUUGUGACUGGCUAGAUGAGCAGAUGCCUCUUGUGGUACACCACUUUCCGUAUGUCAAGAAAAGCGGAGCAUAUGUGGACUUAUCAGACAAUGAAAUUGGCACAGAUGGCCUAGACAAACUAUUUCAGGUUCUGAGAGAUCAUCGAGUGCCAUGCGUUGUCUUGAAGGCCUAUCGCAAUUCUGUCGAUGAUUCCUUCGUGGACACCCUUGUCGAAUACCUCUACACUCAGCCCGAGGCUUUUCCGAUGCACGGCAUCCACAUCUCACACAACGAUAUCUCCGACAAGGGAGCAUUUCGACUGAUCCGAGCAGCAGCACAAUGUGGCCAUUACCCUCGCCUAACGACGCGCUUGCCUUUGUGGUUGAGACUGGAGGUGAACGCACUGGAAAAUCCGCAGAAGGUGAUAAAAGAUGCGAAUGACGAAGGCUUCCAUGUGUGCCUAAUGCAGGAUGGGUUGUGCAGCAGAGACAACUGCGACCACUACUCGGGAGUUCAUGUCCAGUUGCCUUAUUUUCUGAAUCAGCCUGCGAAGGGGCUUGCAAAUGUUGAGCAGUUUGGCUACAGCAAGCAGCGACCAUCCGGCCCGUAUGCAUCGACGCAGGGUGUUCUGGCCCCUGAGGUUGGAGCUGAGCGUGGAGUUGGAUUUGGUGGUUCUGGAUCUUCCAUCACGGGUGUGACACAGAAGGCUGCUCCUCCAAGGCCCAGUUAUCAAGGUUCUUGGGACCGUGAGAACGAAUGGAAAGGCCACAACAACGCCUGGGACUGGGGCUGGGGAGGUGGGAAAGGACGAGGACGGUGGAAUGGUGGCAAAGGUGGUGGUAGAUGGCCUGGACGCGGGGGAGGCGGAGGAGGAGGCCGCAUGUGGCAGGGCAAAGCGCUUAUUGCCAAGGUCAAGAAGGACAUCAAACUUCCGGAAGGUCAAGCAGAUUUGGGAUUCCAAUGGAGGUUUACAGGAGAGGGCAGACCUCCCAGAGUAACUUCAGUCUCUGGAUCUUAUAUUGGUCAAAUGGCCAAGGCAGGAGACUGCUUACUCAGAGUCAAUGGCCUAGACAUGUCGAUGAUGAGUGAGAAGCAAGUUACAGACCUGCUGAAGCAACGGCCUCUUGAACUCCGCUUCGGGGACGAGUGAUCCUGCAAAUAGGAGCAGCGCAAGUCUCACAGCCGUGGAUUAGCGCCUGCCGCAACCGCCAGAAAAGGGCCUAGCGCCUCAACAAACAACGCACUGAGUCCAUUUUGUUCCGGGAAUUGGCUGGAGUUGAGUUGAUAUGGGUUGAUCAAUU